AUGAUUUCUUCGGAGUUUUUCUUGGUGAUUUGUUCAUCUUUAUGGAUUGGAGUGAAACUUACUAUAUUUUUCAAGAAACGUUUCCGGUGGAGAGAACACUGUUUUGCCUGUUUAAGUUUGGAUAGCGCGAUUCUUCUCAUAAUCGCUGCGCAGUUUUUGCUGCCGAUGAUAACAGCAAGAUUGGAUAGCGCGAAUCUUAUUCCCAUAAUCGCUGCGCAGUUUUUGUUGCCGAAAGUUUGGUUAUUGCAGAUGAUAACAGCAGUGACAGCUAUGGUCUUGGCUAUCAAGGACAUGUAUUUGAUGAUGAAAAAUAAACGGGAAUUAGUCAAGUCCUUGGUGCUUGGUGCCUGCAUAAUUAUAUCCUGGGAGAGUGAACGGGGAUCAUGCAUUUUGCCCUUAUCUUCCGUGUUUUUUGCGCUAACUCAGUUCCUGCGAUGGCCAAGGUGGCUGAAAGAUUUCCUCAGUGAAGUGAGAAUCGUCUGUGGCCCUGCCUUUCCCAUUUCCGUCUUCGCAACAUGGUUGAAACAGAGCGAACCCUCUGGCUCGUCAUCCUGUGUUCUCGUUGCUGUACUCUGUUCCUCGGUAGCCGCCAUCUUUUUUCGCCCCGACAACUCUGAAGUUUUGGUCUUGUUUCAUCUGCCAGUCCCCAGCUCGAGGAACAGGAAAGUUUGUCAUGCAAUAUUGAUGUUUUUCAGUCUCCUUUGUUUGACAGUGCAUAUUCCUUGCAUUUACAGUAAACCUGCUUCUAUUGUGGUGGUCAUACUGUGCGUGUGUCUCUUUUUUGGCGCCACUGACACUGCGCACCGCGCGUAUCACCGUGACCGUGACUGACAAUAACGAUAACUUUACAAUUGAUGGGUAAGCACUUCUGUUAAAACCUCGGGAAAAUCCCUGGCUGCGGGGAUCAGUACCGGAAUCUGUUAGGCCUACUCUGGGACCUCAAGUCGCCAUAAUUUUAGGCGACUUGGGGCGAUUUAAGGCGACUUUAGGAAAAUUUGGUCAAAAUGUUGUGCGACUUAAGGCGAUUUAAGGCGACCUUAGGCGAUUUAAGGAAAAAAAGGUGACAUUUAGGUGAAUUAUAUGUUGGUGAAUAUGUUGCAGCUAAUUUUUUAUUUCAGUUAAUUUUUGGUUUUCCCUGCUUUAAAUUCAUUAGCAUACAUAAUCAUACCCAGAAACAAUGGAAAAAUAAAAAUUAACUGCAACAAAAAUUAACUACAACAUAUGCAAAAUUCAAAUAAUAAUAAUAAAUCCCUAGCUACCUCUCUAGGGACACAAUGUCAUAGCAUAAGUUAAUUCAGUCUUGAAGACAUCUACAUUAGUCUUCCAAAUUUUCAACAAUCUCAGCUUACCUAAUAUUUUGAACAUUAAAUAUCACUGGUAACUUGCGUUGCAGAUGUAUUCUCACCCUGGUAAGUAACAUUUGCGAAGCAGCACUAACAUCCUUGUUCUGGGCCCCAACGUACUCAACGAAUUACCAGCAUUCUGAGUUUCCCUUCAACAUGUUUGGCAAAUUGACAAUGGCAUUUUUAACAGUCCAGUCCUGGCAGGUACUCAAAUUCUGAUACACACACGGGGGAACCAGAACUAGGAUUUUACCGCUGUUUUGCCGACGGACUGAACCCAGAGUUUAGUUCCAUCUGUGGCACAGGCUAAUAUCAAGGGUGUUGGUUUAGUAUUACAUUUGCAGAGACAAAAUCUGAGUUAGAAGAAACCAAAAUGGUAAAUUCUCUCUUAGCCUUUAAAAUGCAUUAUUUUACAAUAUAAGGGACAAAACAUCAAUGGUUCAUGCAUUUCUUUUUCCAAAAAAUAAAACCCUAAAAGUGCAGUAUUUCAGUACAUCUCUGUAAAAUACUGUAAGCUGGUUUUUAGCAAAAACUUUAUAUUGAAGUGUCUUUUUUUCAUAAUUUUAAGUAAUUAAUUUAAAACAUCAAAAUCACUUAUCGAUAUCGCACAUUAUGGAAAUGACGAUCCCCAUUGUAUGUCUUCGCAGUUGCUCUGCAAAGAGGGUGUUUUUCCAAUUGAAUUCAAAAUAUAAAGUUGGUAGUUCUCGCCGUAUAUAUUGCUCCUUUCCUGUCUCAGUCAAACAAAACACUUCCAAAUACUUGCUUCGCCGGUGAACCAUACUCUCUUUCUAUGGUCCGUUUGGAAACUUUCCAGUCGUGUUGAUUUCAUGAGUGCAUUUAUACACCAGCAGAAACAACUAAGCUUUGCUUCAGCAAACCUCGCUCUGCUCCACGUAGCCUGAGAUCAUGCC